GGUAACACUACCGACAGUGGAUAUGCAUUAAUUGAGGUACUGGAACAAAAUGGUCAUGGAACACGUCGUAUCAUGCCGAUUCUCAGACAAAACGUUGGAACUCGGAACAAAAUCGAGGAAUAGCUAAAGUCUCCACGAAUGCGAUGGUGGCCGGUUUCGCUUCUGUCGCCGUCCACAGCUCAUCAUAGGUUGUCGUCGUAAAGAAUUUUCAUUCUUGAAGGAUCGGCAUACUUGUCAAAGUGUCGUCAUCAUUUUUUUGAGCUUAUAACAAAUGGUUCCAUCCAUGAAGACAUGGUAUUGACUUGGGAGAGAGGUGUAAGACUGCAGCACUUGAAAAUCCUCCCCAUGUUUCUUUCGCACGCCGUUUGGAGUGUGUCCUUGCUUUCUUUGUCCGGAGGAUCGACGCCUAGCCAGAGACAACAUUGGCUGCAGAAUCCGUGUCAGCGGUUGUAUCUUGGGAGGACCGUGAAGCGGUCGAGGUUGGGCCACUGUCAACAGGAGCAAAACCAUUUGCUGGAUACGGAGUUUGGUUUCGGAUGUGCGUGUCUUCCAAAGCUGUCCAAUGAUCUUCAACCGAACAUCCUCAAGAAGCUGAGGUUGUUAACGGGCCGAGCAUCCAUCAUCGCUAUGUAAAUUAUCUCAGAACAAAACUGUCGGCACCAAUGAAGUUGUGUCUUCGGAGAUAGCGUGACUAGUUUAUCUUCUGGGAAUGCUGGUGCGCCAUAGACGUCGCACAUGAAGUUGAUGACAUUGAGAGAUGAGUAAUUUAACAAGCCCUUGCCAAAUUGCCUUGGUUGAAAGACAGUAAUGCAAAGAAUGACACAGCUAUCAGGAUCACAGCGAAACUAUGACUUGGAGAAAAAUUCGACGGCAUUAGAUGUCUUUCGGAAUUUGUAUGGUACGUGUGGUGCAUCACUGAAUGCGAUUAUCAGCCUGCGAAAUCUGCAACAUGAAGUGAAU